AUGGUUUGCUUCACGGCCAUAUUGCGCGCUAUGGUGGUCUUAACGAAGCAACGUAAAUUCUUGGACCUAUGCAACGUAAUUGAGUACUGGUACCAAGAAAUACAGCAUCAAAAUGAUCAAAACGCUUUGAAAAAAUUGCAUGAACUUACUUGGAAGGCACGCUUUUGUACCAAAUAUUUGAUGCGUUGUGUGAUACUUGUUAAUUUUUUUAUUGCGCUUCAACCAAUAGCUACUGGUUAUGGCAAAUUUGUGGCCGAUGUCGAGUUACCAGGCAUCGAUUUUCAUAAGAGCCCUGCAUAUGAAAUAAUGUACCUCUUGCAAUCGUGUUGGGUUGUUCCCGUAUCAACCUGCUCAUAUAUUCCUUAUGUGAGUUUUCUGCUAAUCUUCAUAUAUUUCGGCAUUUUCGCAAUUAGACAUCUACAACAGAAAUUGGCAGAUUUAUGUUUAAUGGAUGAAAAGGACGCAUUGGAGAGUGUAAAGUUAUGCGUGGCCUAUCAUAUGCGGAUCAUCAAAUUCCGCGAAGACUUGGAGGACUUCUUUUCGUUAAUGAGUUUGCUAGACGCAAGUUUGUACUGUCUUACGCUUUGCAUGAUGUUAGUUUAUACGUCAAUGAGUGUAAAUGUAGCUGAAGUCGCCUACAAUACUAACUGGAUGGAUCGCGGUAAAGAAUUUCGUAGAUGUAUUUUACUAAUUAUCGGCAGAAGUCAACGUCCCUUGACGCUCACCGCUGGUGGUUUUAAACCGAUGAAUAUGAACACUUUUAUGGCCAUAAUGCGUGCAUCUUAUUCAUUUUUCUCACUUCUGCAGAGUACAAUGUAA